GACAGGAAAUCUGGACUGAAAAGCUCAAACUGGAAUAGCUCGCCUGUCUCCAGGCAACAGCCCUGACGCAACCGCUAGAAAAAAAAAAAGUCCCUUAAAUAAAAAAACACACACACACACAGAUUUCUGAAGCGAGACAGAGAGGAGGAUGAGACAGACUCCUGUGGGCACUGGUGAUACUGCUCUGCAAAUAUCAAGUUGGAGACCCGAGGUAGAAGGAGGAAGCCAAGAUGUCCGUGCAGUCUUCCCUCUGACUUGGUCCCCGGUGUUCAUCCAGGGUCAGCGUGGUGCAUAAGCAGGAGACACCAACACCACAACUACUCUCCAAGGGCCUGUGUUCGGCAUACUGCGUGAGCUCAUCCAACCCUGAGGAUUUCCCAUACCCAUCCCAGGUCCUCUGGAGCACAGCCCUAUGCUGUCUGGCUCCCAGAGACGAUGUCUCUACCCAAAAUCCAAAUAGAAGAGGCACUGGACAGCACAGAUGCUGGUUCUGGAGGUGCUGCUCCUCCUGAUGACCACCUGAGAAGCCUCAAGGCAUUGACGGAGAAGCUGAGACUGGAGACCAGGCGCCCAUCCUACUUGGAGUGGAAGGCGAAGCUGGAGGAGCAAGCAUGGAAGAGCCCCCAGCCAGCAGAAGAAGAGAGUGAGAACGAAGCUAAGAAGGCCACAGAGGAAGCUGUCACCUUGAGGAAGGUGCAGCUGCAUCUCAAUGGGAGCCCUGCCCAGGACAAGGUGACUCUUACCUCAGGGAGAAUAGGUGGCUUUGAGAAUAUCGACGAAGCUUUAACAUGGCUCAGGAAGGAACUGACAGAAAUGCGCCUGCAGGACCAGCAGCUGGCGAGGCAGCUCAUGCGCCUUCGCAGUGACAUCAACAAGCUGAAGAUCGAGCAGACCUGCCACCUGCACCAGCGCAUGCUCAAUGAUGCCACGUAUGAGCUGGAGGAGAGGGAUGAGCUCUCUGACCUCUUCUGUGACUUCCCCCUCGUGAGCUCCUUCAGUCUCUCCACACCACUCAAGCUCAUUGGGGUCACCAAGAUGAACAUCAACUCUCGCCGGUUCUCACUGUGUUGAAGUGGGGAAGAAGAGAGAAGGAUGGGGGCAAAAGAGAGAGAGGACAGGGCAGCACCAGGGCUCUCUCUGCCCUAUGGCUGGGCAAAAUGAAGCCGAACAGGGGCAGAGGGAACAGGAGCAAACAGGGAACCCACAGCUGGUCUUGGUCACAGGGCAGAGCAGCAGAGCUGGGCACUGAGAAGGCCCAGAGAAGUCGUCAGGAAGACAGGACCUGCAUGGAGGAGGUGUGGAGAGCAUCUGAAACUAGCAUGUGCACUUUGCCUGCGCCUCUGCGAAGUCCCUUCUCUUCCUCUUCCCUUAAGAGGAUGCAGCUCCAGUGUGGGUGGUUAUACUCAAAAAUCAAAGCAAGGGUCAAGGAUCAACCACAAAGCAAAGCAAAAUCCCUUUUCCCUUCCCUUUCACCUUCUCCCAGGCUGAGCCCUCUCUUCAGCCAUUCUCCUUCCUGGAUGUCUCCUUGGGCAUUGAGUCUUAGCCUCUGCUGGCCCAAGUACAGGGUCUACAGGGCUGUUUCAGAUGGGAAGCUUAUUUCCAGUGGAAAGGAGUCCUUCCAGCAGGUAAGAACCUGUGGGUUAGAUGCUAUGCAGCCCGAAGAAGUGGUGAGAAGACGCAUUUGUUGAGCCCAGUGUACUCUAGUUUAAUUUUGCUUGUGGUAUAGAUUACAGAAGGAUCAUGGACACAUUUAUAUAGAGACUCUGGCCUGUCAGAAGUCACCUGUUUGCCCUUGAAAUUAUACCCAGAGCAAUAUGUGUUCCUGAUCUUGUCAGCUGUGGCCACAAGAUACUAUGUUGUUACUCCUUGCCAGCAGUAAGGCAAAGGGGGUAACUUACACCCAAGACAUCUCACGUUAGAGAAAUCACACCAGGCGGACAUUCCCUCAACAGCACCACCAGCAAAUCUUGGAUCCUCUGUAGCAACACACUUCCAUCAGAGAAAGGAACUUCAAGAGGAGAAAAGGGACUUCUGUGUAAUGAACAUACAGUAUGACAGUAAAAUUAAAAGUAAAAAUAUUGCUGCAAUGAACUUUGGACUUGCAGUAAACAUGUGGGAUUCCCUCCCUGCUUGGCAAUACGUAAAUGGAUGUUACAUUUUCUUGCCUUUCAGUGCACGCAGCUGCACACCUGCUUGUAUGCGGCACAGAGGGCGAAGAAACCAGUGAUGUAGCCCAGCAAGGGCAGGGACACAAGCAAUCUAGCCAUGGCAAUCUUGGGACACCUGGCAUCCAAGACAGUCUGUCUAGAGGAAGUGUGGAUGCCUCUAGGCUCUCCCUCCUGUGUUGACACCUUUCCUGGCCACAUCAGAGUGGCAGAGUGGUGCAGUCUCUCAAUCCAUCGCCCCAUCCCAACUCUAUUCUCCGCCACAUGUCCAAGCUGAGAGCUCUGUGGCUGAGAGAAUGCGAUUAUGUCCACGCAGCACCAGUCCAAGCCCUGGGGACAAGCAGAAGAUGCAAGCCAGCAUUGAGCUAAAAGCUGCGUGGCCGUGUUGACGUGCCUGUACCUGAAUGUGUCUGUAAGCUCCGUGUGGGCAUAAGUUGUGUGUGUGCAUGUGAGCCCGCAGGAUGCCUCCCUUUGGAGGUUGAGUGGUGGACCCAACUCUUUGUUCCCAAACAUGAUGUGAACCAGAAGCCAAUGAUGCUCCGCCGUGCCUGGGAAGAUGCAAUGAGGCUUCAAGUCUGGGUUUCCACAGAGAGCUUAGGUUAAUGCAGAGAAAAAAAAUAAUUCGUCUGCCUCCACAAGCCUCCAUGGGAGGAACAAAUUAACAUCACAAAGGUGUUCAUAGCCACAUGGGGCUGAGGACUGGCAGGUGACUGGAGCUGAGUUCAGUUCUCUGUCUCCCAUAGUCCACAACACCUCGGUGAUGCCUAGCCCCCCAAUUUGAAGCUCACUGAGUAUCAUUUCUUUCUGCUAAGGCAGGAGGUAUUUUGACCACUGGAGCUCUAUACCAGUAAGUUAAUCAGUGCCGUGCCUGGGUGCUGAAUCUUGUGUGCCCAGGUGGUGAAACCAGACUGCCACAAACUCUGGACAAGACAACCAGUCAUGAUGCCUUUUAGCUUACUAAUAGAGAAAUAGCCUUAUUUCCCCACAGAUAUCUUGAAGAAAAAAAGCAACAAAACACACUCACUAAACUUCUUCAUCUACUUUUUUUUAAAAAAAAUAAUUUAUGUCCCACAUGUUGAUUUUCAGUGAAAUUUUCAAUCAAAAGAUAGCAAUGACAACUUCUCAGUGAAAAUAAUGCCUUGGAAAAGGGGGACUGGUUCUCUCUAGGAUCAGCUAGAGUCAACCAUAGAGUGGGUCUGCCUUUGGGCUCAUAUCUGGCAGCUGAAUGCUUGAGGUUAGUGCAAGCACAGUCUUAAGAGGUUAUUGUACAUGCUUUAGAAUAUCAGACAUAUUUUCUGCAUUAAAUGAAAUGGGGGAUGGUUAUAACUGCCAGCUGUUCAUCAAAAUGCACAAUUUUUUAAUUAUAAAAUUGUCUGUA